AUGGCCUCUAACAGUAUGGCAGGGAAUGAUAUGGCAGUAAGAGGUGAUCCUGUUAUAUUGGAAAAGGAAGAGGAAGAGAACAUGAUGGCGUUUCUUUGGCAACCGGGGAUGGGAAUGUACGUCAAGGAACUCAACCCGAAUCUGUUUUUAUUUCAAUUCUACCACGAGGUCGACAUUCAAAGGGUUAUAGAUGGUAGUCCUUGGACUUAUGAUCGUAAGCCUUUUAUCUUUACAAGAUUGAAAGAAGGGGAUAAUCCAAGGCUCGUGAAAAUCAACCAUGUCGAUAUGUGGGUUCAACUCCACGACUUACAAACCGGGAAUAUGACUCUUAGUGUAGUUACGGCUCUCGAAAAUUUCAUUGGCACUUUUCUUGAAUCGGAUCCUAAUAACUUCUUAGGAGUGUGGCGGGAUUGCUUGCGGAUUCGGGUAAGGAUUAAUGUUGAAAAACCGAUCAAAAGAAGAAUGAAGAUUAGCAUCGACGAUUCAUCGUGGUACUGGGUGAAUUUCAAAUACGAAAGAUUACCCACCUUUUGUUUCAUUUGCGGAAUAAUUGGACACACGGAGAGGUUCUGUCCAAGACUCUUUUUGAAACCGCUGCAUCUCCAAGAAAAACCUUAUACCUUAGAACUGAGAGCCUCGUCUCAAAGGCGGCAGACGACAUUCGGGGCACAAUGGCUCCAUUCAGAAGCGACGGUACGGGGGGAAACACAUCAAGCUCAUCACGGCAACAAUCUAGUUCAGAAUGUCACUUUGUUCCCUAGGAGUGCGGAGAUGAUUGGGGGAUUGAAUGGUGCGAAUCAUGGCCCUGAUUUUUCUCAUAAUUUGCCUCAUAAUGAGAAUCGAAACAGUAUAUUGGAGAAUUUGGAAGGUAAUAGCGAUGAUGUGGCUUUAAGUGUCCGUAAAAGUGGGGAUUUCUUUGAUUCUACAUAUCUUAUUGUAUUUGACUCAAAAAGAAAGAGGCCAGACAAUGGGCCAGGGGUUAUUGUGGGCCCAGAGGAGAAAGGACACAAUGUUGUAGUGGACGUCAUGGAGCAUGACAAUGCGGGUAACCCAAAAAAUAAUUUUUUGGCGGGCUCUGGAUUCCAGACCCGCCCAGAGCCAUGA